AUGUCAUCCGUCUUAGAAACCAAACAAGCUUUAGAAGCAAAAUUAUCUCCUAUCGUGCAAAAAGCCAUUGAGUUUUCCAAAACUGCAACAAAGGGAAGAUCUUUCAAACCAUUACCUGAAACUUCAUCAUAUUCAUUGAUUGAUUCAUCUAUUGAAACUAAAUCAAAAUGGCAAGAGAUCGGUCUUGAAGCUAUUUCUAAAGGUGAAGUCGGUGUGAUCUUAAUGGCUGGUGGUCAAGGUACAAGAUUAGGCUCUUCAAAACCAAAAGGGUGUUACAAUAUUGGAUUACCUUCAAAUAAAUCAUUAUUUCAAAUUCAAGCUGAGAAAUUGAGAAAAAUUGAACAAUUAGCAAACUCAAAAUAUGGUACAGAUGCUAAAAUCAACUGGUAUAUUAUGACUUCUAAACCAACGAGAAAUGAUACUGAACAAUUUUUCAUUGAUAACAAAUAUUUUGGCUUAGAUUCUAAUCAAGUUACUUUUUUCAAUCAAGGUACAUUGCCUUGUUUUGAUAAAAACGGUGAAAAAAUCUUGUUAGAAUCUCAAGAUAAACUUGCUGAAUCUCCAGAUGGUAAUGGUGGGUUAUACAAAGCCAUUUAUACCAAUAAUUUGUUGCAAGAUUUCUCCAAAAAAGGUAUAAAACAUAUUCAUAUGUAUUGUGUUGAUAAUGUUUUAGUUCGUGUUGCUGAUCCAACAUUCAUUGGAUUUUCAAUUGAUAAAAAAUUCCAAUUGAGUACAAAAGUUGUUAGAAAAAGAGAUGCUUCAGAAUCUGUUGGUUUAAUCGUUUUGGAUGAUGAUUUACAAAGACCUGCAGUUAUUGAAUAUAGUGAAAUUGAUUCAAAAUUGAGUGAACAAACUGAUGACAAUGGCUUGUUGAGCUUUAGAGCUGCAAAUAUUGUUAAUCAUUAUUAUUCAGUUGAAUUAUUACAAAAUUCAAUUGAAAAUUGGAUUGAUAAUCAAGAAUUUUUACCAUUCCAUAUUGCUUAUAAAAAAAUCCCUUCAUUAAACUCAGAAGGUGUUUUCCAUAAACCAACAGAACCAAAUGGUAUCAAAUUAGAACAGUUCAUCUUUGAUGUUUUCAAAUCAAUCGAAUUAUCAAAAUUUGGUUGUUUAGAAGUUGAAAGAUCUGAAGAAUUUUCACCAUUGAAAAAUGGUUCAGGUGCUAAAAACGAUACACCUGAAACUUCAGUGGAAAAUUAUUUGAAAUUAGGUACAAAAUGGGUUAAAGCACAAGGUGGUGAAGUUGAAGGUAAAGUUGAAGUUAAUAGUUUAACUUCAUAUGCAGGUGAAGGUUUGGAAUUUGUUAAGGGUGAAUCAUUCAAAGAUUUACAAAUUGUUUAG